AUGCCAGAACCAAAGAGGGGAGCCCCCCUUCACCCCCAGGAGGCCCAGCCCGCCUUCCAGAGGGCCUCAGCAGUGACCGCACAGAAACCCCCACAGCCCAGCCACCCGGCCUCGCUGCCCCAAGGGCACUUCUCAGCUGCUGGCGUGACUGCGGGGCCCGCCGUGCCCUCCUCCUCAUCACGUCCACCCAGACGACGUGCAACGGGCCACGGAGGGCACCUCCGCUCGCCCCCAAUAACCUCCACCAUCGAACUCAGGAACGGAGGCUGCUCUCAACCUGCCUCACAGGAAGACCCUGGACCACCGGCCGCCAAGCCCAGGGUCACCGCCUGCGCAGGGGCGCCCUCAGCCCUGGACCGCAGGGGUCGGGCGGAAGCCACCGGCCGGCCAGCCCUGCACCAGCGAUGCCUUGUGAAGAGAGGUGUCAGCACCACAGCCUCUGAGGAGGGGACCCUCGGGCACCCGGGGACGGCCUCACGUGUCCCCACCGAGGUGGUGCAGGAGCAACAUGAGAAGCCGGGCGAGAGAGGAAGCGAGCUCUCCAACGGUCGGCUCCCGGCCCCAAGCAGUCCACCCGCGGCCUGGCCCGGGACCAGCCCCAUCCACUCCCCCACGACUGUGCUCGCCAGUGGGAGCAAGGCCGGUCCCCAGCUCCGGGGCCUGUGCGAGGACCGCCUGACCCCCCGGACGGGCCCAGGGCCCCCUGACCGAGGCGCGGCCGGCUGGGCCGACCCUGCGGGCGCCAACGACCUGGAUGGGCGUGGCGCUUCCUGGGCUCGGCGGGUGUCAGAACUGCUCCGGGCCCUCCCGGCGGCUGCCGGCUCCGCACUCGGGCCGGAAAGCGGGAGCGGCGCGUCCUCCCACCGGCCCGGCCGCCACCGCCCACCGCCCGCCGGGGCGCCCGACCCGCGAGGCCGGCCCCGGGCACUGGGCUGGGGAACCAGCAAGCAGGCGGCGCGGUUACAUAACGCGACCCGCUCGCGCGCCACCAACGCUCCGGCCGCGGCCCCGCGCCGGCUCCGAGGCCCGCACCCCGCGGCCCUUCCCGCCCGGGGCCCCGCCGCGGCCGGCACAGCGGAGCCCGGCGGGGACGAGCGCGGCCUCCCGGCGCCGGGCCCCGACCGCCCCGACCGCCCCGACCGCCCCGACCGCCCCGCGCCCCGCGCCGCCCCGCGCCCCGGCCCGCCGGCUCCCCGGCGCCCCCGCGGCCGCCCCGACCCUCCGGGGCCCCGACGUCCCUCCGCGGCCUCCGGCCUCCGGCCCCGCCGCCGCCCAGGCCUCCGCCGCCGCCCGACCCCGGCCCCCGCGGCCCCGGCCUCCCAGCGCGGCCUCCCCGCCGCCGCCCCGCCCGCCGCCCGCCGCCCGCCGCCCUCAGGCCGCCCUCAGGCCGCGGACAAUGCGCCGCCGCCGCGGCCGCCAAACAUGGCGCCGGCCCCGCACCCGAGAGGCCGGCGGCGGGCGGACGAGCGAGGCGGCCCCGACGCGGCCCCGGCCCGGCCCCCGCCCACUCACCUUCGGGGCCGCGGCCGCGGGAGCCCGGCGGCGGGCGCGGAGGCCGGCGCGGCCCAGGCGGCGCGAAUGGCGCCCGCGGCUCCCCCGCCAACGGCCGCGCAGGCCCGGGUCGCCGCCGCUCUGGGCUCCUGUCGGCGGCGCCCGGCCCGGCCCGGCCCGGCUCGGCUCGGCUCGGCGGCCGCGGGCUCGCGCGCUCGGGCUCUGCGGGGCGGCGGCGGCGGCGGCGGCGCGGGGUCGGGGCCGCGGGGGAGGGGCCGGCGCGGGGCAGGCCCGGCCGGAGGCGGCGGCGGCGGCGGCGGGGGCGCGGGGAGGCUCGGACGCCCGGGCCGGCGCGGCGCUCGCUCCCCGGCGAAGCAAACAAUGCGGCGGCCGCUCCGCCCGGCGCGCUGCGUGCCACACGCGCCCCGCCCGCCGCCGUGA